AUGUAUACAACUGACGGAACUAUUGUUGAAGGGAAACACAUGACUACCAACCUUGUUGAGUCAAUGAAUGCUGUCUUUAAAGGCACACGUCAUUUGCCUAUUACAACAUUGGUAAGGGCAACAUACUAUAGGCUGGGAUCUUUAUUUGCUGAACGGGGUUCAAAGUGGAGUGCUGUGUUGAAUUCUGGCGAAACAUUUACAGACAACUGCCUCAAGGUGAUGAAAGAAGAAACAACAAAAUCCAGCACACAUCAAGUCAGAAUUUUUGACUACGCUAACAAUGUUUUCAGUGUGAAGGAGACAAUGGACCAUGGUGAGGGGAAGCCUAUGGGACAUUAUAAGGUCGACCUCUUGAACGGAUGGUGUGACUGCGGAAAGUUUCAAGCAUUUCGUGUCCCUUGCUCACAUGUUAUCGCUGCAUGUUCGAAUCUGCGCCACGAUGCUUACGCUCUUUUGUCUGACGUUUAUAGGGUUACAAACCUGUUUGGGGUUUACAGCAAUAGCUUUCUAGUGAUGUCGUACGAUGAAUAUUGGCCAGUUUAUGAAGGAGAUCAAAUUUUCCAUAACCCAAGAAUGCAGAGGAACAAGAAAGGUUGCCCAAUAAGCACACAUAUUACAACCGAAAUGGAUAACUUUGAUAAGCUUGAGAGAAAAUGUUCAAUGUGUCGUCAAACGGGCCACAAUCGAACCCGGUGUCCCAAUGUGGGAACAAGUAAUCAUUAA